AAAUACUGCAUUUUAUCCUUUUGGAAGAGGAGUUGAGAAGCAGAAAACAUGUUGGAAACAAUUGAUCCGCAGCGGGCGCUGCAGGCCGUGGAGCGCCUGCAGGCRAAGCUCCGCGAGCGCGGCGACGUGGCGCACGAGGAGAAGCUGGGCCUGCUCAGGUCGGUGCUGCAGAGUCCCCUCUUCAGCCAGAUCCUCCACCUGCAGACCUCGGUGCAGCAGCUCAGAGAGCAGGUAAAUACUACACCUUCCAUCCAUACCAGUGGCGAGUUCCCGCAGCUCCUCCAUCACGGUGUGAGUGUGGGUUCCUCACUGCAUAAUGAGUCCUACCUCCUGGCUCAGCAGAACGGCAGCACAGCUGCCGUGCUGGAGGCGUCCGUGAGAUCCGCCACUCCUCAGAUUAAUGGGAAAUCCUCCAGCGAUGACUUUGAGCAGCUGAUCAGGAAUAUGUCCCAGGGUCGUCCUGUUGAGACCAUUGAGCUUAUUAAACCUCUAAGUGGUGGUCUCGGCUUCAGUGUUGUGGGCUUGAAAAGUGAAAACAGAGGAGAACUGGGAAUAUUUGUUCAGGAAAUCCAGGAGGGAAGCGUGGCACAUAGAGAUGGAAAGCUGAAGGAAGCAGAUCAAAUCCUGGCUAUUAAUGGACAAGCCCUUGAUCAAACAAUUACACAUCAACAGGCUAUCAGCAUCCUUCAGAAAGCAAAAGAUAAUGUCCAGCUAGUUGUGGCCAGGGGCACUUUMCCUCAGCUCAUCAGUCCUGUAGUUUCCCGCUCUCCAUCUGCUGCUAGCACAGUUUCAGCCCAUUCCAACCCGGUUCACUGGCAGCAUGUGGAGACCAUUGAGCUGGUGAACGAUGGCUCUGGCUUGGGUUUUGGAAUAGUGGGAGGAAAGUCGACUGGAGUGAUAGUUAAAACCAUCCUCCCUGGAGGGGUAGCUGAUCAGCAUGGCAGGUUAUGCAGUGGAGACCACAUCUUGAAAAUCGGCGACACGGACCUGGCUGGAAUGAGCAGUGAGCAGGUGGCGCAGGUCCUGAGGCAGUGUGGAAACCGAGUGAAACUGGUAAUCGCAAGAGGUCCUCUUGAGGAUCCACCACCACCAGCAGUGCCUCCAGGCACACCAGUACCCGCCUCCACGCCAGAGAAGCAGGUGGAGGCUUCUGCUGACAACUGUGAAGAUGGAGAGAAGUUUAAUGUGGAACUCACUAAAAACAUCCAAGGUUUAGGAAUAACUAUUGCUGGUUACAUUGGAGACAAAACAUCAGAACCUUCUGGUAUCUUUGUGAAAAGCAUUACAAAGGGCAGUGCUGUUGAACAUGAUGGCAGAAUCCAUGUAGGAGAUCAAAUUAUAGUAGUGGAUGGGACGAAUCUUCAGGGUUUUACUAACCAGCAAGCAGUAGACGUUUUGCGGCACACAGGACAAACUGUUCGGCUCACUUUGAUCAGAAGAGGGCUUAAGCAGGAAAACCAGCCCCAGCCCCAGGAGGACUUCAGUGCUGCGGCUGAGAAGGAUUUACUGCUGCAGAUGAUAGACAGCAGCACAGCCACGGAAAACAGUGAAACAGAACAGGGAGCACCACCACUGCCAUGCAGCACCAGUGUGGUAAACAUUGGAGAGGAGAUUAAACAACAGGAAACAGAUUUCCAGUUAACAACUGCAGAAGAAGUAUCUCUGAAGAAUAAAUGGCAGAGAAUUAUGGGCUUAAAUUAUGAGAUAGUGGUGGUUGUAGUUAACAAAUUUAGUGAAAGCAGUGGGUUAGGAAUAAGCCUUGAAGCUACGGUGGGACAUCAUUUCAUCAGAUCUAUUUUACCAGAGGGGCCAGUUGGACGAAGUGGCAAGCUGUUUAGUGGAGAUGAACUACUUGAGGUAAAUGAGAUCUCUUUGCUUGGAGAAAAUCACAAGGAUGUGGUGAAUAUCUUGAAAGAAUUGCCUAUUAAAGUGACCAUGGUGUGCUGUCGUCCAGUAGCUCCACCUAUCAGUCACCCAGAAAUGCUGGACAGUCUAAGUCUCUCUGAGGUUCAGCUCACAGAAAAGGCUCAUGUAGACCUUGGAUUCAUUGGCUCCUCGGAUACAGAGGGAAGGGUUUUGGAAAUUGUUGAUGAAGAUCAGAAUAUGGAAGAGGUGCAAAGCUCUUCYUUAGCCAUGUGGGAAACAGAAGUACAGCAUAUUGAGCUGGAGAAAGGGAAUAUGGGGCUUGGAUUUAGUAUACUGGACUACCAGGACCCCGUGGACCCAGCAAACACUGUAAUUGUGAUUCGCUCCCUGGUUCCUGGUGGUGUGGCUGAACAGGAUGGCAGACUCCUUCCUGGAGACCGGCUCAUGUUCGUCAAUGAUACCAACCUGGAGAACGGCAGCCUGGAAGAAGCGGUACAGGCACUGAAAGGAGCCCCGGCAGGAACAGUUAAAAUAGGAGUUGCCAAACCACUUCCUCUGUCGCCAGAGGAGGGCUAUGUCUCUGCUAAUGAAGAUUGCUUUUUCCGCACUGCCCAGUCACUCGAGGAGGGCCCAGCUGAUGCAGCCCUCUUCCGUGCUGAGCUGGCUCUGGUGGACUCCAGCGAGGCAGACCUAGCGGACGAGUCCACCUUCGGGUCGCAGUACUCGCCGGACAAUGACGGCUCCUUCCAGGCGUCCGUGCUAGCCCUGCGCGGCAGCGAUGAGCUCGGCUACGGCCUCUCUCUGCCGUCACCUACUCCCAAGACUGAUGGAGAGAAAAGCUCAAACACUGCAGCUGAUUUCCAAGUAUCCAGCAAAAAUCUGUACAACAUGGAUGUGAAUCAGAGAGUGAGAGAGAAAAUGCCUCUAGCAGGCAAAAGCUUGGAAACUGCCACUGGUUUUACUAACACAGACCUUCUACCUCUGGAUGUUACGGAUAUCAACCAAAAUGAAAAUGAAAACACAGGAACUUGGACUGCACCUCACGCAGUAGAAGAUGCACAAAAUGCAAACCUUCCUACUACAGUGCAGCUGGAUCCCACUGGAAAAGUAAAGGAUCAAGUGAUUUUAACGGAAAGGAGCUGCCCAGUAUCUGUGGAGGGAGGUUCCACAGUCCCAAAUUCAGUCAAAAACAUGUACGAGAGGACUAUCACUAUCGCAAAAGGCAAUUCAAGUCUAGGGAUGACAGUAAGUUCCAAUAAAGAUGGCUCAGGAAUGAUAGUCCGCAGUGUCAUCCAUGGAGGCUCAAUAAGUCGUGACGGACGAAUUGGUGUGGGGGACUGUAUCCUGUCUAUUAAUGAAGAAUCAACCUCUAACUUAACCAAUGCACAAGCCCGGGCUAUGCUAAGGAGGCAUUCACUCAUUGGACCAGAUAUAAAAUCUUCUCCAGCACCUGCUGAUGAUCAGGCCCUCUUUUAUGUUGUUACCUAUGUGGCAGCAGAAAAUUUAGAAGAGUACCGAGCCAGUUUAGGACAACAGACAGAGGGAUCUGUGCCACCUGAUGUUUUCUCUUCACAUGCAGUCAGCAAGGAAAUUCCAGAACUUCCAGAACGAGAAGAGGGGGAGGGAGAAGAAAGUGAACUUCAAAAUGCAACUUUUAGUAACUGGAACCAGCCCAGGAAGGUUGAACUUUGGAGAGAGCCUAGCAAGUCGCUGGGGAUCAGCAUCGUUGGUGGGCGAGGAAUGGGGAGCCGCCUGAGUAACGGGGAAGUGAUGAGAGGCAUCUUCAUCAAACACAUCCUGGAAGACAGCCCCGCAGGCAAAAAUGGCACACUGAAAACUGGAGACCGAAUUGUGGAGGUGGAUGGAAUUGACCUCAGAGAUGCCAGCCACGAACAAGCUGUGGAAGCCAUACGGAAGGCAGGCAACCCUGUAGUCUUUAUGGUACAAAGCAUUAUAAGCAGACCAAGGCCAGAGUCUCUUUAUAGCCCUUCUUCAGCUUCUGCUCCCUGUGGGCAGAAACCUACUAACCCCUUUUAUCGUCAGUCAUCUGAGAGCCCCUCCCUGGCUUUCCUGCAGAGCAAUCUUUUCUGCAGGCCAGCUGUCUUCAGCAGCACUAACCCAUUUGCUGAUGCUUCUCAGUUCAACACUAACAAGGCAUCCAGUCAGUCAGAUUCGGAGCUGGAAAAGACUUCAUUUUGUAACUUGCCUCUGCCCCCUCCUUCAGCAUUUUCAGGAAUGAGCUGUGAUGUUGCACAGUCAUCUCCCAGCAAAGUCCCAGAGGAUGUGGAGAAAGAGGACGAGUUUGGUUACAGUUGGAAAAAGAUCAUGCAGCGCUAUGGAAAUCUACCUGGCGAGCUACACAUGAUUGAGCUGGAAAAAGGAAGGACAGGUCUGGGACUCAGUCUCGCUGGCAACAAAGACAGAUCCAGGAUGAGUGUCUUUAUAGUGGGAAUUGAUCCAAAUGGAGCAGCUGGCAAAGACGGCAGAUUACAGAUUGCUGAUGAGUUACUAGAGAUAAAUGGUCAAAUACUCUUUGGAAGGACUCACCAGAAUGCUUCAUCAAUAAUCAAGUGUGCACCAUCUAGAGUAAAAAUAAUCUUUAUCAGAAAUAAAGAUGCAGUAAAUCAAAUGGCUGUUUGCCCUGGGAAGUCAGUAGAGACUACACCUUGUACACUUCAAAACCAAGAGACUGAUCUCAGUGCUACRAAUACCAACACUUUUGCUGACUUCAGUUCAUAUAAAAAUAUUCAGCACAUGGAACUCCCUAAGGAUCAAGGAGGAUUGGGAAUUGCCAUUAGUGAAGAAGACACAGUUAAUGGAAUAGUUAUUAAGAGCUUGACAGAUCAUGGUGCAGCAGCAAAGGAUGGACGAAUCAAAGUUGGGGAUCAAAUUCUGGCAGUGGAUGAUGAAAUUGUUGUAGGCUAUCCAGUAGAAAAGUUCAUCAGUCUCCUGAAGACAUCCAAAGCCACCGUGAAGCUGACAAUCAACUCAGCAGAGCUGGAUAGUGUAAGUGCAGCCCCAGUCCCUGCUGGCUCUGCCCUAGCAGAGAGGAGGAAUAUCCAGCAGCCCCCAAGUGCCCCUGCCUCGGGCUCACCAGAACCAGAGGCCAUCAGAAACACAAGCAGAUCUUCAACUCCAGCCACAUUAGCUUCUGACCCAGCUACCUGUCCCAUUAUCCCUGGAUGUGAAACAACCAUUGAUAUUUCCAAAGGACGAACUGGUCUUGGUCUGAGCAUUGUUGGAGGAGCAGACACAUUACUGGGAGCAAUCAUUAUCCAUGAAGUAUAUGAAGAAGGAGCGGCAUCUAAAGAUGGGAGAUUGUGGGCUGGGGAUCAGAUAUUAGAGGUGAAUGGAAUUGACCUCAGGAAUGCCACACAUGAUGAAGCGAUAAAUGUCCUCAGACAGACACCACAAAAAGUUCGUCUAACUGUAUACAGAGAUGAGGCCCAGUACAAGGAGGAAGACAUGUAUGAUGUACUUAAUAUAGAGCUGCAAAAGAAGCCUGGUAAAGGCCUUGGACUGAGUAUAGUUGGGAAAAGAAAUGAUACAGGGGUGUUUGUGUCAGACAUUGUCAAAGGAGGGAUAGCRGAUACUGAUGGGAGAUUGAUGCAAGGAGAUCAGAUAUUGACAGUGAAUGGAGAAGACGUUAGAAAUGCUAACCAGGAGGCUGUUGCAGCUUUGCUAAAGUGUUCAUUAGGUACAGUGAGACUAGAGGUUGGAAGAAUAAAAGCUGGUCCGUUCCAUUCUGAGAGGAGAACAUCCCAGAGCAGCCAGGUCAGUGAAGGAAGUGGCAGCCUCUCAUCAUUCAGUUUCCCGGUUUCUGGUUCCAGUGCGCCUGAGGUCUUUGAAAGUGGUCUCAAGAAGAAUACAACAACUUCUGAAAUACAGGGAUUAAGAACAGUUGAAAUAAAAAAGGGCCCUGCAGAUUCACUAGGUGUAAGCAUUGCUGGAGGGGUAGGAAGUCCUCUUGGAGAUGUCCCUAUUUUUAUCGCCAUGAUGCAUCCAAACGGAGUUGCAGCUCAGACUCAGAAACUCAGAGUUGGGGACAGGAUUGUCAGUAUCUGUGGAACAUCUACUGAGGGCAUGACUCACUCCCAAGCUGUUAGUCUCUUGAAGAGUGCUUCGGGCACUGUUGAGCUGCAGGUUGUAGCUGGAGGAGAUGUGAGUGUCAUAACUGGUCAGCAGCAGGAUCUACCUACAUCCAAUCUGUCAUUUACAGGGCUAACUUCGACCAGCAUUUUUCAGGAUGAUUUAGGACCUCCUCAGUAUAAGACUAUCACUCUGGAUCGAGGACCAGAUGGCCUGGGCUUUAGUAUUGUGGGGGGAUAUGGCAGUCCCCAUGGAGAUUUGCCUAUUUAUGUGAAGACAGUAUUUGCAAAGGGUGCAGCAGCAGAAGACGGACGCCUGAAGAGGGGGGAUCAAAUAAUUGCUGUGAAUGGGCAGAGUUUAGAAGGGGUGACCCAUGAGGAAGCAGUUGCUAUUUUAAAAAGGACAAAAGGAACAGUCACUCUGACUGUUUUGUCGUGAACCAACUGCCCGGAGGAGUAGGGUCAACAAGAUCUUACUAUUUACAUUCCGCAUAGCAAAGAGAAUGGAAAUGUUUAUAUAGCCUUUUUGUUCUUCCAGCUUCACAGGACCAUGUUACUUCAACAAAGAAAAAUAACAUUUAAUCAUAUUUUUGUAUAUGGUAGAAGUAUUUGUCUUACUGUCAAAGCACUGGGAUGGAAUUAUGUCACGUGUAUGGUAAAGACGUGGGUAUUUUUUUCUAGUAGUAUUAUGAUGAUCACUUGUGACCCACCAACCGAAAAAGCUGUAUGAUUUUUUGUUAUASAGAGACUGGAAUAUUUUUCUUGGAGGU